AUGUCACUGUAUACAAAUACUGUGUCAUCACCUGAUGAAGAUUCCCAUCUUGCCCAUGAUCAAACUACUCGUGUAUCCAGGGAAAGAUCUAAUUCAAACUUUUUGCUUACAACUAUUGGUGAUGGAAUUGUGGUGCCUUCACCCUCAUCAACCUCUUUUGGGUUCCCAUCUACAAUUGAGACUAGGAGGAAAUCCUUUAAGCUGCCCAUCACUGAAAAGUUUUUCAGGAUCUCUUACAGCCACUUGCAUAAGGCGACUGAAGGUUUCUGUUAUAAAAAUUUGAUUGGUUCUGGAAGUUUUGGCACUGUUUAUAGAGGAAAACUUGAGCAAGGUGGGGAACAAACUUUUGCGAUAAAGGUUCUUGACCUUCUAAAAAAUGGUGCUUCAAUGAGCUUUCAUUCUGAAUGUGAGGUAUCACGAAACAUACGCCAUAGAAAUCUUGUUCCAAUUUUGACAUGCUGCUCAAGCUAUGAUUUUGAUGGUAACGAAUUCAAAGCUCUAGUUUAUAAGUUUAUGGAAAAUGGGAAUCUUGAUACGUGGUUGCAUACACAUUCUGCCGGAAGAACAAAUGUUCUGACUCCUCUUCAAAGGUUAAACAUUGCUAUUGAUGUAGCUUCAGCAUUGGAUUAUCUUCACAAUGAUUGUGAACCACCCGUUAUUCAUCGUGAUUUGAAACUGAGUAAUAUUUUUCUUGACAAGGACUUAACUGCUCAUGUUGGAGAUUUUGGAUCAUCAAUGUUUUAUGCACCAACAAUUGAAGAUUCAUCUAGUACUGUCAGAUUAAAUGGGACCAUAGGCUACGUUCCACCAGAAUAUGCGACGAGCACAAAUGCAUCAACAUUUGGAGAUAUAUAUAGUUAUGAAAUUCUUUUGCUGGAAAUGUUCUCUGCAAAGCGACUCACGGAUUUAUUCAAUGAUGAAUGUAGUCUCUAUGAGUAUGUAGCAUCAGCAUUGCCAGAGCAAGUGAUGAAGAUAGUAGACCCAUUGCUUCUAACAUACCUAGAAAGAAACCAUGGAUGGGAUAAAAUGUUGGACAGUGAUGGAAAUUUGCUGAAAAUUAAAGAGAGCGAGAUGCAUACUUUCUUUUUCUCCAUCUUCAAAAUCGGGCUCUCUUGUGCUUCUACAUCCCCAUUGGAUGGAAUACUUAUGAAAGAUGUUAUCAUCGAGUCAGAAAGUCAAAAAGAGCUUCUUGUAUAAGAACAAGCAAACACCUUCUGUUGCAUAGAAUAUCUCCAGAUUUUUGUAUUGAGAUUGUACUUUCCCAGGAUUCAUCUUUUGUUUUGAUUUGUGAAUAUCGUAAUAUCAAGUU